AAGCAACAACGGCAAAGCGGAUUAGCAGCAACCCAUUUUACUUUACAUUCUUACUUUACCUUCUCCGGCCAAGUUCGGGCGUUGUUGUGUAGAUGGCAGAUACAAAGCGGAACUCUUGGGCAUUUCUCGAGUCCGACCUAUCCGCGGUCCCGUCUACCCAAUCCAAUGCAACUCUGGCGACAACAACACAUGGCGCCAGUAAAGACGUAUCUCCGGGCUUUCCACUGACAGCGGAGGAGACGGCUGCUUAUGCUCAGCUUUUCAAGCUUGCCGAUUCGCAGGCAACAGGCACUGUUCAGCCAAACGAUGCCGUGGCGUUCAUGUCAAAAUCGCACUUACCACAGAAUGUUUUAAGUGAGAUCUGGCAAAUCGCGGAUUCAGAACGCAAAGGUUACCUAACGCAACAAGGCUUUUACAAAGCUCUAAAGUUGAUUGCUCUGGCCCAAGCUGGAAAGGCACCCAGUGCCGCAUUACUCAAUACCUCUGCACCAAUCCCAACGUUUGGUGGUAUUACGUUACCUGGAAAUGCUAGCCCAUCGACACCAUCUCCCUUCCCAUCUACAGUCGCAAGCCAUUUGACUGGCGCCUCUGCGUCUGGAUCCCCCUUAAGUGCCGUUGCAACUCACCGAACAGGUGGUAGUAUUACGACGCACCAUACGGGAGGCGGUUUAUCUGUACAUAGCACCGGCACUGGACGAAUAGCAUCACAUAUGACUGGAAGUGGAGUUGCCUCUCACAGCACCGGGAAUGGAGGGGCGUAUAAUAUAUCUGCGGAGGAGCGCGAACGAUUUACCGUUGCGUUCAAUUCAUGCAAGCCCUUGGAUGGGUUUGUAACUGGGGAAGCAGCAAAGGAAUUGUUCAUCAAAUCCACGUUGCCAGUCGACGUGCUAAGCAAAAUCUGGAAUUUGGUCGAUACAUCGGGCGCCGGAAAACUGGAUAUCCAUCAAUUCUCCGCUGCGAUGCUUUUAAUUACACGGUUGCGACAAGGGGCUUUGCCUUCGGUACCUGCAACGCUCCCCUCGCAUCUUUUAGGCGCGACUACGACCCUCCCGAAUUUAGAUAGUCCCUCUAUAAGUCCAAUAAAAGACUUGGGACUCCAUACACCUCUGGCCCCUCCCCUUUCGUCGCGGCUUUUGAAUCGGAUGUCAACGGUCGGGCCGCCCCCUAGCUCUCCCCGCAUAGAUCGCCGGAGGACCAUAAUUUCUACUGUAGCGUCCCAGAUAAUGACGUCCCCGGAAUGGUUGAUCAAAGAUGAUGAAAAGGCACAGUGCGACCAAUUUUUUGAUGGUUUAGAUAAGGACAAAAAAGGCUUCGUGACAGGGCAGGACAGCUACGAAUUUUUCACGCGCGCGAAACUACCACAAACGGAACUUGCUAGGAUAUGGGAUCUUGCGGAUAUUUCCAGAACUGGGCGUCUUUCUAAGGACGAAUUUGCAGUUGCGAUGCACUUGAUAAAGCUGCGAAUGGCCGGGACACCCUUGCCCUCGGUACUCCCGCCGGAGCUGGUUCCGCCAUCCCUUCGUAUGCAGGCUUUGAAAGCAUUAGGAACUGGCGAUAAUACAUCUGGUCUGGCAGCCUCUCCAAGUGUUGGAUCGCAAUUAUCAGCUGGCGAAACCGAUCUGAUGGGAGGAAUGGGUUCUGCCCCAAGAUCUCUGAUCGAUGCAAGAUCACUAUCAUUUAGUAAACUGCCUUCAACGCAGAAUGCUGCCGAAUUGGCGGAACGAGAGGAGGAAUUAGCUCAACGAAAAGCAGACCUGCAGUCAGUGGAACAGCAGCUUGGCAGCGUGCAGCCUUCUGUGGAAGAACUGAGACAGAAGAGGGCUGCUCUGGACUCUGAAUUUAGGACCGUCACUGAAAAGAGGAAUGAACAGGCCCUUCAGCUUUCACAGCUCCGUGCUGUAUAUGAGACUGAAAGCCAGAUUGCUCUUGAAACUGAGAAUGCACUGAUACGCGAAAAACAGAUGUUAAAUAUUGCAUUGGCGGAAUUACAACAAGCACAGCAGACGGUAGCCGCCUUGCAAGCGGAAAAGGGGAACCUCGUGGAACAGCUGGGGCGCACGCAGCAUGAUAUCGAGGAGAUGAAAAAGCAAAUAAAAGAAGCUAACGAGGCGAGCAUCCCGUUGCGACAAGAAAUAGAAAAGUUGAGGGCCGACCUCAAACAACAUCAGCAGCAUCGAGAAAUUAACGAGCAGGUGCUCCAAAGCGCGCGGGCUGAUUACCAGCAGAUACAUGCGGACCUUCAACAAGAGCAGGCGCGGUUAGAGCAAGAGAAGAGUCGUAAUGCGCAGGUCGCACAGCAAAUCUCCGUACAGACUGCAAUAAAUGAGAGAGAACGGGAAAAAAUGCGAGCUGCUGCAGCACAGCGAGAGAAGGAACUGGCGGUCUCUCAAUCUCUUCCAGCCCUCAAUGUCACAACGCGAGACCCUUAUGCCGCAUUUUCGAGCGUUAGCAGUCCGAGUUCCACUAUGUCACCUGGUAAAUCCCUAGAUACCACUUCAGCGAAGGGGUCCUUGAUGGAUUUGGGCUCUUCUGUUGCACUGAACUCACCGACAUUCAGUACCGGCUCGUUAUCCGGGACCGGGAAAAAGGCGCCACCACCACCCCCGCCGAUGUCGAAAAAGCCUCUGCGCGGCGAUCCCGUUGGGCUGAGCCAGACCGAUUUGACGCAUGUCCCAGCACCGAAACCGAAUGAAUCUUUGACGCCAGUCAAGCCGGAAGCAUCCACCGCAAGCCCGGCAAGCCAAUCUCCGCAACGUAAGAUGUCAACUACCUCAAUCUCUUCGCGCAAGUCUGCAAAGGAAGAAUUAGAUGAUUUGCUCGAAAUCCAUCAGCCUAAAAACAAGAAAAGUCAAUCAAGUCUAGCGUCAUUUGGUCCGUCGCCCGUCUCCAUGAGACCGGCCUCUCCAUCUCCAGUGGGACCAUCACCUGCGGCCAGGCAACUGAAGCCGGCGUCGGUCAAAUCCUUGACGUUGAGUGCGUCUGGUGAGAGGCCGCCAGAAGAGGAGGUCUUCGGAUCUCAAAAUGCGAAGAAGAGUUCGUCGGUGCGUUCUCUGCCUUUGGGAGAAUCGCAAGAAACAGAAAAGGGGGAUAACAAGAUGGCAAGUACAACAUCCGCGCUUGAUUUCGCCAGUGCAUUCGGAGACCUACCCACAAGUACAGCUCCACCAGCGACUGCACCCCCGCCGGCGCCUGUCCGUACUGACAGCGCGACGUUUGGGGAGUCAAAUGAUCUUCCGGUCACCACAGCUCCUACCGAGUUCAACGACGCUUUCAGUAGUAUAGCACGCGAACAAAUAGGAGGCUUCGCGUCCAAUGAGUUUGAAGCUGAUUUUGAUUCUGCCUUCGCAGUUCCUCCCAUUAACCAACCGCAACCCGUUUCUUCGCCCUUGAGCCAGGAGGGAAGAAAGGGUUCCAGUUCAUCAUUUCAGGAUGGUGCAUCGAUGAGAUCUACCAGCACCAGGCAAGGGGAACUGCUAGCAUCUUUAGCCACGGUGAAUAUUGAAGAGGAAAUGAAAAACGCCUUCGCGGCAUCUGCAAAGCGGGAAUCAAACCCACAAGGAAAUGGAAAAGCUGAAACUGCUGACUUUGACGACAAAGCUUUUGGAGCCGUCUCCGCUGCGGACUUUGAUGAUGACGCAUUCAAGUUUGAUGCCUCAUUUGAUGCAGGGGCAGCCAACUUUACUAGUGGAGAUGAUGCAGUUGGGGCCUUUGCGGGAGGGUCGGCAACAUCAGCAACCGCUGCCAGCUUUGAGGCAGAUUUUGCUAAUGCAUUUGGCGCGCCCCCAGCGGCUGGUGGAGAUCCGUUCUCUGCAAACAACUUUUCAUUUGGGCCCCCUGCUCAGUCACCAGCCUCUUUUGCGGAUCUCGAUGCAGCCUUCGGCAGUCCAAGUGAAUCGAACGGGACUUCAGACGGAAAAGCAAAAGUGAAUGGAAAUGGGUUCAAUGCUUUUGAUGAUGCAUUCGGGAACUCUGGAGACUUUGGCAAUGCUUUCACAGCGGCAGCACCGGCGUCUCCAAAGAAGCGACCGGUACCGCUUCCGCCACAACGAGCCUCAACCUCGCAGGACGAUGCGGUUGAGGUGCAACAGAUUAUAGCAUUGGGAUUUAGUAAAGAAGAAGCAGUGAAUGCCCUUGAAGUGAAUGCGUUUGAUGUCGCAAAGGCGACAAAUUACUUGUUAGAUUCGCGGUGAUUGACUUUAUAUAUUGCAGGAAAAUAUUGCAAAUCAUUACUUUCAGUAUUUGGUCUUCUUCAUAUUGAGGACCUCUUGAGUAGUUUAUCAUGAAAUAUAGCUGCUAUGAGGAUAUUCUCCGG